AUGAAGGCGCUCGUGAAGCCUCGUCAGAGGCGGGGCAUCCUGUGCCUUGGGCUGCUCGCCGCUCUCGUGGCUGUAGCUUACGGGGAGCGCGACCUUAAGGAGCUGUACAUGAUUUCUCUUCCUUCAGAGGCGAACCAUGGGGUUGUGAUGGCGGACUCUGGGAGGCUUUCGCAUGACGGCCCGAGCGACAUUGCCGCUCGCUUUCGUGCGUCGCCCGCUGGCGACGAGGUUGCCACCGAGGCCGCUGCCGCCAUGAUGCGCGCGGGCGAAGCUGCUGCUGCGGCCGACGGCGUCGCGCUGAUGCAGAAGCUGCUCGCCCCCUUCCCAGAGAACAUGGUGCACGCCGCUCGCGGCCCGGCCUCUGCUGCCCAGAUGGGCAGCUGGGCGGCGUUUGCGCUGGACUCGCUUAUGCACGAGGCGGACUCAAUGAUGGAGGCGCUGGAGGCGCAGCAGCAGCGCUUCCACAGCGCGCUGCUGCAGCAGCAAGCGCACGCCCAGGCGCUCGCCGCCUUCGGCCCCGGCCCCGGCCACGCGCGGCCGCCGCCGCCGCGCCGCCCGUGCCCGCACCGCGCCGCGAUGCUGGCUGCCGCCGAGGCGCGGCGGCGCGAGGCUUCCGAGAACGCAGCGGCGCUUGAUGAAUUGCUGCAGCGCCCCGAUGGCCCCAACAUGGUGGCCGUGAUCGGUGGCCAUGCCGUGCAGCUUGUGGACCUGUCGGCCGCGGCGGCGAGCUUUGAGGAUGUGGAUGAGAUGGACUACCUGCAGGAGGGGGCGGAGGUGGAGGGCGGCGCCGCGCUGCGCGACCUUGAGGGCCAGGAGCCUGAGGGAAGCGGCCGGCUGCUGGUCUUGGUGCUCAGCGCAGCCUGUGCUGCCACGUUCGUGGCGUUCGUCCGCUCACUUGUGCAGCUGCGCGCCACGCUGUCCGCCCGCGGCGGCGACGGCGGCGGCAGCGACGAGGCGUACGCGAAGCUUGCGGGCGACGGCGACGCAUGCGGCGGCGGCUCGCUCAAGGCAUACCGCGGCGGCACGUCGCGCCGUGCGUCGCGCCGCAGCACUGCGUCUGGCGACGAGCUGGAGCACCCGCUGCUGGUCGACCAAGCUGAUGUGGGCAGCGCGCGCGUGCUCGUCGUCGUGAACGAGACUGCUGAGCAGCCUGCGGCGGCGACGGCCGCGCAGGCGUAUGCGAAUGAGUGCUACCAGCCGCUGCCCGGCAAGGAGCAGUGA